AUGGGCGCGUGCUUGUCGUCCGACCAGAGCGGCGACUGGGAAUCCAACUGGUAUCCCGACCGACGAGUCGAGACGAGACGCGCACGACCGACUCGACGCGCGUCGUCGUGCGCGUGCAGUCCGCACUGCCCGGUCCCCCUGACGAUGUGCCCCGCGUGCCCUCGCGUCCUUCGCCCGCGAGGAGGAUGCGCGGUGGCGAGUCUUCUCGCACACGCCAAGGACCUCGCCCGGAAGGGGUGCGCGGGCCACUCGACGGUGAGAGACGCCGUCGCGCGCGCGGGGCGCGAUGGCUUCACAUGUCUCGGCUGCGAGGCGGUCGUCCGCGGCAAGCUCGCGACGCUCGACCACCUCGGCGCGUGCGAAGGCGCCCAGCGCCGGCUCGACGACGCGAUGACUGCGAUGCCCCCAACGCGUGCGAACGCCAACGCCAACGCCAACGCCAACGCGAACGCCGCCCGAGAACGCGAGGCGACCCUUCCGGAGAUCCGACGGGCGCGUCGGGUCCGCGAGACGAUGCGCACCGCGUGCUGGCGAGAGGGCGGGUGCGGCGACCCGGCGGCGUGGAUGGCGUGCGUGACGCUGGGCGCGACGCGCGAGGGGUGGGGGCUCUCGUGGCGAAGGGACGAGUGGUGCGCGGCGUGCGGGGAGGAGUGUCGCGACGGCGCGGGGAUGUUCGCGGCUUGCGGCGUGUGCAAGCGCGUGUGGCACUCGGAAUGCGCGCCUCCGCCCCCGGGGGACGCGGGGGGCGCUUCUUCUUCAAUCGACGCGCUUCAAUCAUCCGGCGCGCUUCUCCCGCCGGGCCAACGCGUGUACGGCGACGGGGACGAGGAGUGCGUGGUGUGCGCGGACGCGAUCAGCGACCGCGUGUGCGUGCCGUGCGGCCACGUCGUGUACUGUGGGCCGUGCGCGAGCGUCGUGGUCGCGGCAUAUGGAGUCGGGUUCAGUGCGAAGAGGUGUCCGAUAUGCAGGGCGAACGUGCGGAGCGUCGCGCGCCUCGAUCGGUUUCGGGACGAGAGGGGGCGCCACCUCGCCGAGGCGGCGGCGGCGGCGGAGGCGGCGGCGGCGGCGGAGGCGGAGGCGGCCGUCGACUUCGAAGCGCUCGGGGACCUCUAG